AAACGGAACGUUUCCCCCCUCCUAUCUGCCAAGUGGCAAUCAAGUCAGUCAGCCGCCGCUACUGCAGUGGUCUUUCGUUUCUGUCCACACUGUCUACCGGCUCUUUUCCAAGUCAACCCUUUGAACCCAAGGAAAGCUUCAACAGUCCUCUUCUUCCACGGUUAGACCAUAACCCUUUAAACUGAACCCUAACUCCAAUCUCACUACCAAAAUUCCACGCUCUGUACGCCUUAUUGUUCAAGACCAAUGGUUCCAAAAGCAUCCAUGUUGGACCCGCAAUCGGCGGCCGAAAAGGCUGUUUCGGUGAUCGGUUGUGGCUACGAUCUCUCCACCGAUAUUCGAUUAUCGGGCUGCAAGUCAGGUCCCUCCUUUUCGAGAUUGAUUGACCUCGACCAAGCCCUAACUCGAGACCUAGUCUUGCCUGGUGGAAUCAUCGUGCCGGACGUGUCGUCAUCGAUCAAGUGCGAUAAAGGGGAGCGUACGAGGUUUCGUUCUGAUGUUCUUUCGUUUAAUCAGAUGUCUGAGCGAUUCAAUCAGGAUCUGUCUCUAUCUGGUAAAAUUCCUUCUGGCCUAUUUAAUUCAAUGUUCGACUUCAAAGUCUGCUGGCAGAAGGAUGCCGGUGCUGCAAAAGGUCUUGCUUUUGAUGGUUGGUUCAUAACUCUCUACAAUAUUGAGUUAGUAAGAUCCCAGAUUUCACUGUCAGAGGAUAUAAAACGAGAAGUCCCUUCUUCAUGGGACCCUGAUGCCCUCGCAGGGUUUAUUGAAAAAUACGGUACUCAUAUUGUUGUUGGGGUAAAGAUGGGAGGAAAAGAUGUAAUUCACAUUAAACAGCUGCAAAGUUCAAAUCUUCAGCCAACUGAAGUACAGAAAUUGUUAAAGCAAUUGGCUGAUGAGAGAUUUUCUGAAGAUGUAAAUGGAAACUUUAUAUCAAAUCCCAUUGAAUUUUCAGGAAAACUGAAGCAAGAACGUUCUGUGGCUUGGGAUCUCCCUGUAGCAUUGGCUAACGCAAUCAGGCCAUCUGUGAUUUCUCACUCAAAGAAUGAUGAUUUAUUAAGCAUUCAAGUUAGAAGGGGUGGUAUCGAUAAUGGUCAAAGUCAUAAGCAGUGGCUUUCAACUAUAUCGCAAUCACCUAAUGUCAUCUCCAUGUCCUUUGUGCCUAUAACUUCACUCUUGAGUGGUGUCCGAGGCAGUGGAUUUCUAAGCCAUGCAAUAAAUCUGUACCUUCGAUAUAAACCACCAAUAGAGGAACUUCAUCAGUUUCUGGAAUUCCAGUUACCUCGGCAAUGGGCACCUGAGUAUGGUGAUCUGCCUCUUGGUCCUAGACGUAAGAAACAAGCUUCUCCUGCAUUGCAGUUCACUUUUAUGGGACCUAAGCUUUACAUUAACACUGAAAAGGUAAAUUCUGGAAACAGGCCGGUAACUGGAAUCCGUUUAUACUUAGAAGGUAGGAAAAGUGACCAUCUGGCAAUUCAUCUCCAGCACCUUGCAACUCUUCCCAAGAGCCUCCAACUCUCAGAUGAUCAUAGCUACGAGCCCAUCGAUGAGUCUGUUAAACGAGGCUACCUGGAACCUGUCAAGUGGAGCAUAUUCUCACAUGUGUGCACUGCUCCAGUUGAAUACAAUGGGGCCUGCAUUGAUGAUUAUGCUACUAUUGUGACAAAGGCCUGGUUUGAGGUUAAUAUUAUUGGCAUGAAGAAAGUUCUGUUCCUGAGGCUGGGAUUCUCAAUGGUGGCAUCUGCAAAGAUCCGGAGGUCUGAAUGGGAAGGACCUUCAACCUCUUCUCGAAAAUCAGGAGUCAUGUCAAUGUUAAUCAGUGGAAGGUUUAGUACUGGACUAACUCCACCUGUGAAGCCCACCAAAGUGGAUUUGAAUUCAGCAGUUUUUCCUGGAGGCCCACCUACGCCUGCAAGGCCACCAAAAAUGUCGAAUUUUGUAGAUACGAAGGAAAGGGUGAGGGGCCCGGAGGAUCCUCCUGGAUAUUGGGUGGUCACAGGAGCGAAGCUCUGUAUGGAGAGCGGCAGAAUCACACUCAAAGCGAAGUAUUCAUUAUUAACAAUAAUGUCAGAGGAUUCUUUGUUGAUGUGAGAAAUCUUUUACAUCUUGGUUGUAAAUUCUGUCAUGUAAAUCAUCUGAUUUAAUAUCAGCUUGAAAGAUAUCAUUUUCCCACAAAGUUGGGCCUGGUUUAACAAUCAAAGUUGCAAUAAAAGGAAGAAAAAAAAAAGGAGAAAUUUUGUUGAUUUU